AUGGCAGGCCCAUCUCCAUCCCCGGAACCAAAGCAACCCCUCACUAUCGUCACAUCCUCCUUCCAAGAAUUCACACCCGAAGCUUCCUCUUCCCGCCCCCGUGCAACGAUGGCUCAACAUGCCAACACGGCAUUCAUAGCCAUUAGCGCAAUUCUUGGUCUUGCUAUCAUGGCUACAUCAGCAAACGCACUCCAAGUCUUCCAUUCCACUCAUCUGGGCGCUGAAUUUCGAUUACCAGUCUGGCCUCAAAGUUUUGAUUUGAAACCCACCAUUGCCGGGGUCGUUUGUGGAGUUGUAGUUUUCGUUAUGAAUUCUGUGGCCCUUGUGGGGCAAUUUGUUCCUGCCUUGAAGCGAAACCCCCUAGCUCUUCCUACUCUCAUUCCACUGGCUAUCGCCCUUCUUGCUGCAGUCGUCGCCUCAGCAAUUCCUUUCGAUGCUUUAACUUCCUCGACAAAGUGGACUGUCCAAACGUGGAGUUGCCAAUGGUCAAAUAUCAGUACAUCAACCUCACCACAUUGGGGAACGUUGUGUUCGGAAAGCAGAGCUGCAGGAAUCAUGAGUGUAUGUGUGAUUCCAUUUGAAGUGUUAGCGGUAGCUUCGGUAAUAGCUUCGGUGAUGAAGGCAAAGAGAAAUGUUCAGCCCGAAGGACAGUGGGAGAGGAAAAGUAGUGCAGGAGAGAUGUCAUGA